AGAAGACAGAUGGAGGCAUCCUUUGUGCUUCCCUAUAAGGGGUGUACCCCCUGGCAGGGGCUCCUGCUCACAGCCUCCCUUUUAACCUGCUGCCUCCUGACCACUGCCCAGGUCACCAUUGAAUCGGUGCCAUUCAAUGUGGUUGAAGGAGAAAACGUUCUUCUUCUUGUCGACAAUCUGCCAGAGAAUCUUCUAGCCUUAGCAUGGUACAGGGGGCUGAGGAAAAUCAUUGUAUACACACUGAACACUAAAGUAAGUGUGAUGGGGCCUAUUAACAGUGGCAGAGAGACAGUGUCCAGCAACGGGUCCCUGUGGAUCCACAAUGUCACCCAGAAGGACACAGGAUUCUACACCUUACGAACCGUAAAUAGACGUGGAGAAAUUGUGUCAACCACAUCCACGUACCUCUACGUGUACUCCUCUCUGUUCAUCUGUGGACGCCCUUUCUUCCCUGGAAAGCUAACUAUUGAAACAGUACCGCCCAGUGUUGCUGAAGGGGGAAGCGUUCUUCUUCUUGUUCACAACCUCCAGGAUAAGCUUCGAGGGCUUUCCUGGUACAAGGGGGCAUCUGUGUCUAGAAACUUUGAGAUUGCCAGACAGAUAAUAGCCAAGAAUUCAAGUGUGCCAGGCCCUGCCCACAGCGGUAGAGAGACAGUGUACAGCAACGGAUCCCUCCUGCUCCAGAAUGUCACCCGGAAUGACACCGGAUUCUACACCCUACGGAUUCUGAGUAGACAUCGGAAAAUGAAAUUAGCACACGUGCAACUUCAGGUGGACACCUCCCUUUCCUUGUGCUGUGAUCCUCUCACCUCUGCCCAGCUCGUGAUUGAGCCAGUGCCACAGCAUGCUGCCGAAGGGGAAAGCAUCCUUCUCCGUGUUCUUAAUCUGCCAGAAGAUUUCCAGAUUUUUUCCUGGUACAAAGGAGCGUCUACCUUCCACGUCUUUAAAAUUGCAGAAUAUAGCAGAGCCAGGAACUCCAUUACCAAGGGGCCCGCACAAAGCAGAAAAGAGACAGUGUACACCAAUGGAUCCCUGCUGCUCCAGGAUGUCACUGAGAAAGACUCAGGCUUGUACACACUCCAAACAAUAGACAGAAAUUUCAAAAUUGAAAAAGCAUACGUGCAAAUCCAUGUGAACACUUCCCUUUUCACCUGCUUGCUCCUGCCCACCACUGCCCAGGUCACCAUUGAAUCAGUGCCACCCCACGUGGUUGAAGGAGAAAAUGUUCUUUUUCUCGUACACAAUUUGCCAGAGAAUCUUAUAGCCUUAGUCUGGUUAAGAAGACUGGGGAAAAUGAACCAUGCAAUUGGCCUAUAUGCAAUGAACACUAAAAUAAGUGUGAUGGGGCCCAUGAACAGCGGCAGAGAGACAGUGUCCAGCAACGGGUCCCUGUGGAUCCGCAAUGUCACCCAGAAGGACACAGGAUUCUACAUCUUACAAACCAUAAAUAGACGUGGAGAAAUUGUCUCAAGAACACCCAUGUACCUCUACGUGUACAGCUCACUUUUGACCUGCAGACCUCCUCCUACCUCCUUCCAGCUCACUAUUGAAUCAGUGCCACUGACUGUUGCUGAAGGGGCAAGCGUUAUUCUACUGGUUCACAACCUCCCAGAGAAACUUCUUGUGCUUUUCUGGUACAAAGGAGUGCUUGUGUCCAACGACCUUGAGGUAGGUCGACACAUAACAGCCAAGAAUUCAAGUGUGCCAGGCCCUGCCCACAGCGGUAGAGAGACAGUGUACAGCAAUGGAUCCCUCCUGCUCCAGAAUGUCACCCGGAAUGACACCGGAUUCUACACCCUACGAACUCUGAGUAGACAUCGGAAAAUAGAAUUAGCACACGUGCAACUUCAGGUGGACACCUCCCUUUCCUUGUGCUGUGACCCUUUCACCUCUGCCCAACUCAUGAUUGAGCCAGUGCCACGGCAUGUUGCUGAAGGGGGAAGUAUUCUUCUCCAAGUUUACAAUUUGCCAGAAGAGUUGCAAUUUUUUUCCUGGUACAAAAGAGUGUCCAGCAUCCAGGUCUUAAAAAUUGCAGACUAUAUCAGAGCCACAGAUUCUAUCUUCAGGGGGCCCGCAGAAAGCAGAAGAGAGACAGUGUACACCAAUGGAUCCCUGCUGCUCCAGCAUGUCACUGAGAAAGAUGCUGGCUUGUACACACUCCAAACAAUAGACAGAAAUUUCAAAAUUGAAACAGCACCUGUGCAAAUCCAUGUGAGCAAACCUGUGACACAGCCCUUCAUGAGAGUCACGGACACCACAGUCAGAGUACAGAGCUCAGUGGUCUUCACUUGCUUCUCAGAGAACAUUGGGACCUCCAUCCGUUGGCUCUUCAAUAAUCAGAGUGUGCAGCUCACAGAGAGGAUGACAUUGUCCCAGUCAAAGUGCCAGCUCAGCAUAGAUCCUGUCAUGGAGGAUGAUGCUGGAGAGUACCAAUAUGGGGACCUCCAAAGAAAUCCAAAACUAAUUGGAAUUCAGGGAACAACCAACACCAUGGGGUGUCCAUCACCAACUGAUCUGUCUGUACCAUAA